AUGGAUCUCAGAGCUCUUGUUUGCUUUAAUUAUGAAGAUGCAGACGACGCCAUCAAUACAAAUUCUGAUUCAAUCUCAAAGACCCAUAACUUUGAACAACAUGAAAUUGGUAAAUCAGGUUGUGACGAGCGCAAGUUGGCUGUCCCAACGAAAAAUGGAAUUGCUCUGCUUGAGAGUGGUAACGGCAUGAAGUUUAUGAUGUAUGGUUCUGAGAUUAAUGGUGACAUUAUAAGCAGUAGUUAUGCUAUAAGUGUUCGAUCGAAUGCCGAAGAGAAAAGUGAUGGUUACUUAGCCUUCUUCGAUGUCAAAGUUAAGAGAGCCACCAACCUUGCAGAUGUAGUUGAACAAGGUAGUAUAGGUGGUCUUUUUAUGAGCACUGAGGCUGUAAUUGAGACUAAACAAGAUAUGGGUCUUUCCAUUUGCCAAAUGGUUCGUCUUGACAGCUUCACUUACCGCUUUAGAGUGUUGAAAAUGGGUGAUUUUUCUGCUGGUUCACACUCUACAGAAAUUGAGAAUUUGAGAUUACUGAUGGGACUAAUGGACCUCCUUGGAUGA